AUGCCCAGCGAAAGGUCCCAGCUUUUGGGUAGAAGUGGCAAGAAGAAGUGGGCUCAAAAAAUUAAGCCUUUGCGCGUUUCAUUGGCUGCGCUUUUGCUACUUUUAGUAGUGGGCUCGGUGAGCAUCAAUUACUUUCAAGGUGGUAUCAGAAGAGAAUCCAAGAAGAAAAAUGUGAUUUUUUUUGUUACAGAUGGUAUGGGACCAGCUUCGUUGUCGCUCACGAGAUCUUUCCGGCAGUUUAGAGACAGCCUGGACAUUGACGACAUUUUGAACCUCGACAAACGGCUAAUUGGGUCUUCAAGGACCAGAUCUUCUAACUCGCUGAUCACGGAUUCAGCUGCCGGUGCAACUGCGUUUUCUUGUGCUCUGAAAAGUUAUAAUGGAGCCAUUGGCGUCAAUCCCACGAAAGACCCCUGUGGGACCUUGUUAGAAGCUGCGAAAUUGAAUGGUUUGCUCACGGGUCUUGUUGUCACCACGCGUAUUACCGAUGCUACUCCUGCGGCGUUCAGUUCCCAUGUGGAUUACAGAUUUCAGGAAGACUUGAUUGCCGAGCAGCAGUUGGGUGGUUAUCCCUUGGGUCGUAUGGUAGACCUCAUGAUUGGAGGAGGAAGAACGCAUUUUUACACGGCUGCAGACUCUGAAUACGGGAGUGCUGGAUCGAGAGCGGAUGGCCGCAAUUUGAUAAAAGAAGCGAAAAAGAAUGGAUGGAGCUACGUAGGGAAUAUUCACGAGUUCCAUAAACUGCAGCAAGGUGCUAACGUGAGCCUGCCUUUGCUCGCUUUGCUUGCGGACUAUGACAUUCCCUUCGAUAUUGAUAGAGACGAAGCUAUUUAUCCCUCUCUUGAAGAAGAGGCUAUGACAGCAGUUAAUGCAUUGAGUAAGGCCACUGAGAAUUCUGACAAGGGGUUUUUUCUGAUGAUUGAGGGGUCUCGCAUUGACCACGCUGGUCACCAGAAUGAUGCUGCUGCUCAGGUACGCGAAGUUUUAGCCUUCGACAAGGCGUUUGAGGCUGUCCGGAAGUUCGCUGAACAGUCCGAUGACGAAACCAUUCUGAUUGUCACAUCAGAUCACGAGACCGGUGGUUUAGUUACCGCCAAACAGCUCGGAAAGGAUUAUCCUGAGUAUGUUUGGUACCCACAAGCCCUUUUGAACGCCAGUCACUCAGGUGAGUAUCUAAGCAAAAAGGUUCUCUCUUAUACGGGCGAAAACAAGGAGGAAUUCAUCGAAACUUCUAUUUUCGAGAGGGAUCUUGGCAUCGUGGACUACAAGCGUGAUGAUGUGAAGGUGCUCGCUGAGCUUACAUCUUUGGGCGACAUUGCUGAUAAACUAAAUCUGAUGGUAUCGGAUAGAGCUAGAGUUGGUUGGACGACUCACGGGCACAGCGCCGUGGACGUCAAUAUAUAUGCUUACGCUAACAGGCAAAGUGUGUGGCAUCAAGUACUUGACAACCUUCAAGGAAAUCACGAAAAUAUUGAAAUUGGCCAAUUCAUGGCAGAUUACUUGGACUUCAAUCUCACGAAAGUUACAGAGCUUGUUAAGAAAACAAAGCACUCUCCGGCUGAUCAUAAGAUCGAGUUGCUGGACAACAUCGCUCAUCAUUCCGGUCUCCUAAAUGAUUUGUGA